UCGGAGGACCUCGUCGUUUGAGCAACGAUGGCGAGUUCUGCGGCUAAACAAGCGCCUAAAGCGGCCCCCAAGGGGGCUGGGUCGGCUGGGGCGAGUGGUGGACCCCCGGUGAUGCCCCUCGCCUCACCACUAAUGGGGAAAAAGAAGAAGCCGUUCCUGGGGAUGCCCGCUCCUCUGGGUUACGUCCCUGGUCUCGGUCGAGGUGCUACUGGUUUCACCACCCGUUCGGAUAUUGGUCCUGCUCGCGAUGCCAAUGACCCAGUCGACGAUCGACAUGCCCCACCAGGAAAAAGGACUGUUGGGGACCAAAUGAAAAAGAGCCAGGAUGAUGAUGAUGAAGAUCUCAACGACACCAACUAUGAUGAGUUCAAUGGUUACGCUGGGAGCUUGUUUUCCAGUGGACCGUACGAGAAAGAUGACGAGGAGGCAGAUGCUAUAUAUUGUGCCCUGGACAAGCGGAUGGAUGAACGCCGCAAAGAAAGACGGGAGCUGAGAGAAAAGGAAGAAAUUGAGAAGUAUCGUAUGGAGCGACCCAAGAUCCAGCAGCAGUUCUCAGAUCUGAAGAGGAAGUUAGCUGAGGUGUCAGAGGAAGAGUGGCUAAGCAUCCCAGAGGUUGGGGAUGCCAGAAAUAAACGACAGAGGAAUCCACGCUAUGAAAAACUCACCCCGGUCCCUGACAGCUUCUUCUCAAAACACCUCCAGACUGGAGAGAACCAUGCAUCAGUUGAUCCACUGCAGGGGCUCGGUGGUUUGAACACACCUUACCCUGGAAACAUGACCCCUGGAUUGAUGACACCUGGGUCAGGAGAGCUGGACAUGAGAAAGAUCGGCCAGGCCAGAAACACACUUAUGGACAUGAGGCUCAGUCAGGUGUCCGACUCAGUCAGUGGUCAAACUGUUGUGGACCCGAAAGGUUACUUAACAGACCUCAAUUCUAUGAUCCCCACACAUGGAGGAGAUAUUAGUGACAUUAAGAAAGCUCGCUUGUUGCUGAAGUCAGUGAGGGAGACAAAUCCACACCACCCGCCUGCCUGGAUCGCCUCUGCCAGGCUGGAAGAGGUCACUGGAAAACUUCAGGUGGCCCGGAAUCUCAUCAUGAAAGGCACAGAAAUGUGUCCAAAGAGUGAGGAUGUCUGGUUGGAAGCAGCUAGGCUUCAGCCAGGAGACACGGCCAAAGCUGUGGUUGCCCAGGCCGUCCGGCACAUGCCACAAUCUGUACGGAUCUACAUCAGAGCGGCAGAGCUGGAGACGGAUGUGCGGGCCAAGAAACAAGUCCUACGGAAGGCCCUGGAGAAUGUGUCCAAAUCAGUGCGUCUGUGGAAGGCGGCUGUAGAGCUGGAGGAGCCGGAGGAUGCUAGAAUCAUGCUUAGCAGAGCUGUAGAAUGUUGUCCCUCAAGUGUAGAGCUCUGGUUGGCGUUAGCCCGGUUGGAGACAUACGAGAACGCCAGGCGCGUCCUCAACAAGGCUCGAGAAAACAUCCCGACUGAUCGCCACAUCUGGAUCACAGCUGCCAAGUUGGAGGAGGCCAAUGGCAACACUCAGAUGGUGGAAAAGAUUAUUGACAGAGCCAUCUCAUCCCUUCGUGCCAACGGCGUGGAAAUCAACAGAGAACAGUGGAUCACAGAUGCCGAAGAAUGUGACAAAGCAGGCAGUGUGGCAACUUGUCAGGCCGUGAUCAGAGCUGUCAUCGGGAUUGGCAUUGACGAGGAAGAUCGGAAGCACACCUGGAUGGAAGACGCUGAUAGUUGCGUUGCUCAUGGAGCUUUGGAGUGUGCAAGGGCGAUCUACGCACAUGCUUUGCAGGUGUUCCCCAGUAAAAAGAGCGUCUGGCUCAGGGCUGCCUACUUCGAGAAAAAUCACGGCACAAGAGAGUCUCUGGAGGCCCUUCUUCAGAGGGCGGUGGCUCAUUGUCCAAAGGCAGAAGUGCUUUGGCUCAUGGGAGCGAAAUCCAAGUGGCUGGCUGAAGACGUCCCUGCAGCCAGAAGCAUCCUUGCGCUGGCCUUCCAGGCUAACCCCAACAGUGAGGAGAUUUGGUUGGCUGCUGUAAAGCUGGAGUCUGAGAACAACGAAUACGAGAGAGCCCGCCGGCUGCUGGCCAAAGCCCGGAGCAGCGCCCCAACAGCAAGGGUGUUUAUGAAGUCAGUGAAACUGGAAUGGGUGUUGGGCAACAUCGAAGCAGCUCAGGAUUUGUGCUCAGAGGCUUUGAAACAUUAUGAAGACUUUCCAAAGCUUUGGAUGAUGAGGGGCCAGAUUGAGGAGCAGUGUGAGCAUUUGGAAAAAGCAAGAGAAGCCUACAACCAAGGGUUGAAGAAGUGCCCUCAGUCCGUCUCCCUCUGGUUGCUUCUGUCACGUCUUGAAGAAGGCGUGGGUCAGCUGACGAGAGCCAGGUCCAUCCUGGAGAAGGCUCGCCUCAAGAACCCCCAGUCCCCUGAGCUGUGGUUGGAGUCAGUCAGAUUGGAGUACCGGGCUGGGAUGAAGAAUAUUUCCAACACACUCAUGGCCAAAGCUCUGCAGGAAUGUCCGAAUUCAGGCAUCCUGUGGGCCGAGGCAGUGUUGUUAGAGGCCAGACCUCAGAGGAGGACCAAGAGCGUGGAUGCGCUGAAGAAGUGUGAACACGACCCCCAUGUCCUGCUUGCAGUUGCAAAAUUGUUUUGGAGCGAGCGCAAGAUCACCAAAGCCAGGGAGUGGUUCCUCCGGACCGUGAAGAUUGAUCCGGACCUCGGAGACGCUUGGUGUCUCUUCUAUAAGUUUGAGAUGCAACACGGAAGCACAGAACAACAGGAAGAAGUACGGAAGCGCUGUGAGAAUGCAGAACCCCGUCACGGUGAGCUGUGGUGCGCCGAGUCCAAACACGUCCUCAACUGGCAGAAGAAGACCGGGGAGAUUCUCAAGCAGGUGGCCAGCAAGAUCAAGAACACAUUCUAACUCCAGGAGGAUUCAAACCUGAAGUUUGUAGUUGGCCAGAACACAGAAACCAGUUUUUGUUGAUGCUUUGUUCAUUCUGUUAUCUAUGGUUGUGAUCGAGUCCUGGAUGAUGUCAAUCAUGAAAAUGAAAUUCAAUUCAAAUGGAUUGGGCUAGAAACCAUCUGUAAACUGAGCAAGACAUGUUUAGUUGUGUUUGAGUUCCACGUUUUUAAUAAAAACAAAUGCAGCACCACGCUU